CUUACCGGUUCAUCGUGACCGGACCUGCGUCUCUACUGUUUUCUGUUUUCACUCAUUGUGUCACAUCUGCUGCAGGAUUCUAUUUAUUUAUUUAAAAACAUCAAAAAACAAGCAGAGAAUUAAUUUUCAGGAAGAAGAGAAUUUAGGAUUUUAUUAAUAUUAUUAGGCUGUUAUUAGUAGUAUUUGUAGUAUUCUUAUUAGUAUUUUCUCUCUUUUACUGCAACUAUUACGGAUUUAUUUUUUAUAAUAUUUCUUAUCUGGAAAUUAAGAAACGUAGUUUUGCAGAACAGAUUUUAGUGUCUGUGUCGGUCCUGAUGGCGGCGAACCGGGUGGGGCGGCGGGUGAACCGGGUGUGCAGUAACCAGUCACCGACUCGUCCCGGCGGCGGGCGGGAGCCGCGGCGGCAGGCCCGGGUCACCGUCAAAUACAACCGCAAGGAGCUGCAGCGGAGGCUGGACGUGGAGAAGUGGAUCGACUGCGGGCUGGACGAGCUGUACCGGGGCAGGGAGGAGGAGAUGCCAGAGGAGGUGAACAUCGAUGAUCUGCUGGACCUGAAGACAGCUGAGGAGAGAACACAGAGACUGCAGGAGAUCCUUCACUCCUGUAACAACAACACAGAGGUCUUCAUCAGUGACUUACUUUUAAAACUUGAGGGUUUACAGAAGCAGGAGGAUCUGCACAACGACGGCAUCGACCUCCCUCAGCUCCACAUCUACCCCACCCGCCCAGGAUCAGCCGACAGAGAGGUGCUGCACUGAGACAGCAAGCGUACCCACACACCCCCAACCUGCAACACCUCUAACCAGGAGGGGCUGAACUAGAAAACAAACACACCUAAUGUCUCCAUCCAUCUAACCUGUUAUUCCCAACAUCAGUGCUCCCGCUCCUCCUUCUCCCCUGUUGAUGCUCCUCAAGUCGCUAAUUUGGUCACCAAAGCCACAGCCUCCACCUGUUCUCUGGACCCCAUGCCCACAGCCUUGGUCAAAGCAUGCCUACCUACCCCGUACCCAAUCAUGGUGGACAUUCCUCCGGAUGACCUCACCAACUACCGGCUGAUCUCCAACCUUCCUUUUCUCAGCAAAAUCCUAGAAGGAGCAGUUUCUGCCCAACUCCAUCAGCACAUGUCUAACCAUGAGCUCUAUGAUCCCCUUCAAUCUGGCUUCAGAGCACACCAUAGCAUGGAGACCCCUCUCAUCAAUAUCACUAUUGACCUCCUCAUCGCUGCUGUUUCUGGUCACAUCAAUAGUCUCAUCCUGCUGGACCUCUCUGCAGCCUUCGACACAGUCUCCCACACCAUCCUCCUCAACUACUCAUCUGAAUACCUAGACCUCACUGGUGCAGCUCUCUCCUGGUUAGAGAGCCAGUCAUAUCUCUCCAACAGGAAACAGUUUGCCACCAUCAGAUACUCCGGUUCCACACUGGCCCCUAAGGUUCUGUGCUUGGACCCUUCCUCUUUAAUCUACAUGCUCCCCCUUGGUCAGAUCAUCCGCCACCAUGGUCCAAGCUUCCACUGCUAUGCUGAUGACACACAGCUGUAUCUCAGCACUAAACCAUCAGCUCAGCUCCCCACAUGGUCUCUUGUCAACUGCCUGCACAAAAUAAAAAUCUGAAUGUCAUCUAAUCUACUCAAGCUAGAUAGCAACAAAACAGAGCUCAUGGUUGUGGCUCCCAAGGCGCUGCUCUGGAAGGUUGGAGAUCCUCUCUUCAAUAUGGAUGAGUGCACCAUCUGCCAGUCCCCAGACGUCUGCAACUUGGGUGUCAUUCUGAACUCCACCCUCUCAUUCCAGUCACACAACAAAUCCCCAAAGUCGCUUUCUGCCACCUCAAAAACAUCUCCAGACUCCAGCCAUCACUCUUAGACUCCAGCUGAGCCCCUCAUCCAUACCUUUGUCACCUCCCAUCUGGAUUAUUGCAAUGGAGUCCUAUAUGGGGUACCCAGCAAAGCCCUGAACAGGCUCCAGUAUGUGCAGGACUCAGCUGCCAGGGUAACUCACCUGCACCAAGCCCUGGCAGCACAUCACCUCCACCUUCACUGGCUCCUGGUCAAGUCCUGCAUCUCCUACAAAAUCCUCCUCCUCACCUACAAGUCCCUCAAUGCCCUUGCCCCCCAUUACCUAUCUGACCUUCUCUACCCUUAUAUCCCAUCCCAGAAUCGGCGGUCCUCAGACAUGGGUAUGUUCUCCACCCCCGCACCAGCCUGUGGACUUUUGGGGACAGAGCCUUCAAUGUGGCAGCCCCCACCCUUUGGAACUCUCUCCCGGCAGAGAUCUGCAACGCUGCAUCUUUGAACAUUGAAAACUUACCUGUUCACCAAGGCCUAUCAAGUUAAUUCUGUCAUCCCCGGCAGUCAUUGCUGUUAUUAUUUUCUGUUCUUGUAUUAUUUGUUUUGUCUGCCUCACUAUGUGUAAAGCAUCCUUCGGUCCCUUGAAAGGCGCUUUAUAAAUUAAAGUUAUUAUUAUUA